AUGCAUUCUCUUCGUUUCUUCUUCAUUUCCGCUUUGGCAAUUCUCAAAACUCAAGGCGCGCCUAUUGACAGUGAUCAGCAUCCAAUUGUUCAGACGAGCUAUGGGCGACUUCAAGGGAAUAUUUCGGAAUACCGCGGUGAUAUCUAUACGUUCAAGGGCAUUCCAUUUGCCUCGCCCCCUGUCGGACAAGCUCGAUGGACAGCCCCAACAAAGCCCGAUGCAUGGACUGGUGUUCGGGAAGCUACUGUAGGUGGUCCCCAGUGUCCCCAAUCAAAGACUGAGGGAAAAACUCUUUGGUCAACUGGAAGCACUGUCAUGAGCGAGGAUUGCCUAUAUCUCAAUGUCUGGACUCCCAACGUCUCGGCCAAUCUGCCUGUUUACCUCUGGAUGUAUGGAGGACGAUUUAUCGAAGGAUCUGGCGAUGUCUCCACAUACGAUGGGUCUGGGCUCGCGGCGCAAGAUAUUGUUAUGGUGACAAUAAACUACAGACUGGGUGCAUUUGGCUACCUGUCUCAUCCUGAGCUCUCUGCAGAAUCACCACAUAACGUUUCUGGGAACUACGGUGUUAUGGACAUGAUAGCCGCGCUAGAAUGGGUCAAGGCGGAGAUUUCCAAUUUCGGUGGCAACCCUGAUCAAAUCACUGUCGGUGGACAAUCAUCUGGCUCUUCUUGUGCACUGAACAUGUUCUUCAGCCCCCAGUCAUCGGGUCUGAUUGCAGGCAUCAUCGCUGAGAGUGGUCCUCGUGCCCCACACGAUCCCCUUACAGGAUCUGUCGCCACAAGCUAUCGCGAAAAAGAGCAUGCACUCUCCAGUGGUGUUGAUUUCUUGACUGAUCAGUUAAAUGUGUCAUCGAUUGCCGAAGCCCGGGCAGUAUCUAUGUCCACUUUAAUCGAAUAUAGCGCCCUGGAUGACACGAUAUUCGAUGGCACGCAAUUCCAGAAUAUUAAUAAUUUUAUUGAACCACCACUCUGGCGUCCAGUAUUGGAUGGAUACGUUCUUCCCUAUACAUACUGGGAGGCCCUCCUCAAUAACCGUCACGCCAACGUACCUAUCUUGGCUGGUGAUAAUAAGGACGAGACAGGUGCAUCACCAGAUCCCGGUUACACCGUCAGCUCAUACAAGGGCAAUUACACUGAUAUGUAUGCGAACUUAUCAUCUCGAUUCUUCGACCUCUACCCUGCAGAUACAUACUACAAGGCAAAUAACCAGAGUAAUCAGAUGUGGCGUGAUCUUAGCCGCACAUCAACGUGGCAGUUUGCGCUAAACUUGGCUGAAGGUGGAAACACCCAACCUGUAUGGUCAUACUACUGGACCCAUACACCACCAGGUGAUGCUUCCGUUGAUGGUGCUUCCCAUGGAAGUGAGAUGUACUAUGUUUUCAACAACAUCCCAUACAACUAUCCCGAUAUGCCGUGGACUGAUAUCGAUUAUGACAUCCAAUCGAAGAUGACGCGCUACUGGGCUAAUUUUAUCAAGACUGGUAAUCCCAACGGUGGAAACUUGACAGAAUGGCUGCCAAGCAAGGAGUCUCAUCAGACAAUGUGGUUGGGAAAUUCAUUCGGCUCGGACACAAUUGGAGAGGAGUCGCAUGUAUCCUUGAUUACGGAAUACUUUUCGUAUCAAACCCCGUGGUAG